CGUUGACAUUAUCAGGCAGCGCCAAAGGCCUUCAGACCCAGAAGCUAAACGUGCGAUGCUCGCCCUCAAAAAGCAAAUAAGAUUCAGCUCGUUCGGCAUCGCCACGGCCGGCCUGCUUUCUUCCGCUCCCACCGAGAACCCCGUCGUGUUUCUGGACAUCCAAGCGGACGGCGAACCGCUGGGAAGAAUAACAAUCCAGCUCAAUGCAGAUGUUGUGCCAAAGACUGCAGAGAACUUCAGAGCAUUGUGUACAGGCGAACAUGGCUUCGGCUACAAGGGCUCAGUGUUCCACAGGAUUGUACCAGAGUUCAUGUGCCAGGGAGGAGAUUUCAUCAAACAUAACGGUACUGGAGGGAAAUCCAUCUACGGGAAAACCUUCAAGGAUGAAAACUUUAAAUUAAAGCACACAGGAGCAGGGACUGUCUCCAUGGCCAACACGGGACCAAACACCAACGGCUCUCAGUUCUUUAUCUGCACCACCAAAACCGAUUGGCUGGAUGGCAGACACGUGGUGUUCGCUCAGGUGACGGCCGGCAUGGACGUGGUCACUAAAAUGGAGUCUUUCGGUUUGCACGACGGCGGCGUGUUGAAGAAAAUCACAGUGUUGGAUUGCGGCCAGUUGAAAUAGUCAGUAAUAUAUUCUGUUGUGUGUCAGCUUGUUUCUACCUUCGUCCUCCGCGUUGUCGACGUCCUGCUUUUUAUUUCCAAAUAUUCAUCUUGUGCACAUUCCUGGCCGUUUCCUGCCAAAUAAACGGCGCGUGUUCCCGCUCUCGCUGCAAGGACAUUUGGCCCGCGAACCCCCCGCUGCUUUCCAAAACCUUCCUGGAAACCAUGCGGGCUGUUUUUAGACGGCACCACUUCCUGUCCGGUCGACGCAGGAAGUGACAUGUCGGGCGACUCGCCACUCCAGCAGACUCCUGGUCUGUACGUGCACUGCAAAAAGUCAGUGUUAAAAAACAAGAAGAAAAAAAUACAAAAAUGAGGGGUAUUUUAUUUGAAUUAAGCAACAUUAUCUGCCAAUAGAACAAGAAAAUUCUGCUUGUUAAGACUCUCCAAAACAAGCAAAAUUAGCUAACCUCAAUGGACCCAAAAAUACCUUUAAAAUAAGUAUAUUCUCACUAAUAAGUGCACUUUUCUUGGUAGAAAAAAAAGAGACCUUUUUGCUCAAUAUGUUGAAAAAUAUUCUUAAAUUAAAUAAAUGCUAGUGCCAUUAUAGUGCCAUUAUCUUGACAUAAUGAUAUGCACUCGGCGUCAUGAUUUUUUUUUUUUCAUGCUUGAAGUAAGAAAUUAUUACUUUUAAAAAGUAGUUUUAUACUUGUGAGUGUUGAUGACACAGCUUUGCAACAGUUGAUAUUAGAGAUGUCCGAUAAAUGCGUUAAAAUGUAAUAUCGGAAAUUAUCGGUAUCGUUUUUUUUAUUAUCGGUAUCGUUUUUUUUUGUUUUUUUUGUUUGUUUUUUUACACUCAUUCACACUCAUUCACACAAAAGGGUUGUUUCUUUCUGUUAUUAAUAUGCUGGUUCCUACAUUAUAUAUCAAUAUAUAUCAAUACAGUCUGCAAGGGAUACAGUCCGUAAGCACACCUGAUUGUGCGUGCUGCUGGUCCACUAAAAGUACUAACCUUUAACAGUUAAUUUUACUAAUUUUCAUUAAUUACUAGUUUCAAUGUAACUGUUUUUAUAUUGUUUUACUUUCUUUUUUAUUCAAGAAAAUGUUUUAAAUUUAUUUUAUUAAUUUUAUUUUUUUUAAAGUACCUUAUCUUCACCAUACCUGGUUGUCCAAAUUAGGCAUAAUAAUGUGUUAAUUCCACGACUGUAUAUAUCGGUUGAUAUCGGUAUCGGUUGAUAUCGGUAUGGUAAUUAAAGAGUUGGACAAUAUCGGAUAUCGGCAAAAAUCCAUUAUCGGACAUCCCUAGUUGAUAUUCUAGUUUCAAGCAUGUUUUACUCAAUAUAGGUCAUAACAUCUCAGCAACAAGCUGUAAUAUCUUACUGAGAUCAUUUAGGACCAAAACCCUUAAAGGCCUACUGAAAGCCACUACUAGCGACCACGCAGUCUGAUAGUUUAUAUAUCAAUGAUGAAAUCUUAACAUUGCAACACAUGCCAAUACGGCCGGGUUAACUUAUAAAGUGCAAUUUUAAAUUUCCCGCUAAACUUCCGGUUGAAAACGUCUUUGGAUGAUGACGUAUGCGCGUGACGUAACUAGUGAAACAGAAGUAUUGGUACCCCAUUGAAAACAAUACAAAAUAGCUCUGUUUUCAUCUCAGAAUUCCACAGUAUUCUGGACAUCUGUGUUGGUGAAUUUUUUGCAAUUUGUUUAAUGAACAAUGGAGACUGCAAAUAAGAAAGUUGUAGGUGGGAUCUGUGUAUUAGCGGCGGACUACAGCAACACAGCCAGGAGGACUGAGAGAUGGAUAGCAGACGCGCUAGCCGGCGAACUCACCUUAACUUCCUCCGUCUCCGGGCCGCCAACCGCAUCUGUGAUCGGGUGAAGUCCUUCGUCGCACCGUCGAUCGCUGGAACGCAGGUGAGCACGGGUGUUGAUGAGCAGAUGAAGGCUGGCUGGUGUAGGUGGAGAGCUAAUGUUUUUAGCAUAGCUCUGUGAGGUCCGGUUGCUAAGUUAGCUUCAAUGGCGUUGUUAGCAACAGCAUUGUUAACCUUCGCCAGCCUGGAAAGCAUUAACCGUGUAUUUACAUGUCCAUGGUUUAAUAGUAUUGUUGAUUUUCUGUCUAUCCUUCCAGUCAGGGAUUUAUUUCUUUUGUUUCUAUAUGCAGUUAAGCACAAUGCUAUCACGUUAGCUCGUAGCUAAAGUGUUUCGCCGAUGUAUUGUUGUGGAGAUAAAAGUCACUGUGAAUGUCCAUUUCGCGUUCUCGACUCUCAUUUUCAAGAGGAUAUAGUAUCCGAGGUGGUUUAAAAUACAAAUCCCUGAUC